CAGAGAGAGAAAGAGAGAGAGAGUGUGUGUGUGGAGCUUAACCUGAGACCUGGACAGAAAAUGCCUCUCCUUUCUAACUUAACGACAAUUGUCUUGUUGCUGAUUGCUCACUGCGGAUCUUGGAUUCUGGCUAACCGCUUGGGCCCCUACAAGGGUUGUCCCUCUUGUAAAGAAUCUUUGGGGGCAGGUCGGGCCCCCCGGGACCAUAUUGGACAAGCAGGCAGCACAUCCAUGUUGGCCCAGGGAGAGCCCUGUGGUGUGUACACCAUGAGCUGUGCCAAGGGGCUGCGCUGCGUGCCCCCUCCUCAGGAACACAGCCCACUCCAGGCGCUGCUGCAGGGCAGGGGCUUCUGCACCAAGCACAGCAGGACCAGUCCCACGGAGAGGCCCCACCCCACAGGUCCACAUCCUUCACAAAGUGGUGAAAUAGAAAAGGCACCCUGCCGCAAGCUGCUCAAUAGUGUUCUGCGGGGUAUUGAGCUCACUAUCUUUCAGUCUGAUCGUGACAUCUAUAUCCCCAACUGUGACACUCGGGGCUUCUACAGGAAAAAGCAGUGUCGCUCCUCCAAGGGUAUGCAGCGUGGCCACUGUUGGUGUGUGGAUGAGCUGGGUACUGCCUUGCCCUCACGUGCCAGCGAAGACGGCACUUUACCAUGCGAUGGAGAGUGAGAGAGGUCCUUGUCCCAAAAUGUUGAGCCUAGAGGAGGGGGAGUAAGGGGAGGAGGAGGUGGUGGAGGCAGAGGAGGAGAGGG